GGCUCAAGCCAUUUCGGCUCAAGCACGCGGCUCAAGGCUCACGUACCCGUACGCUUUCGACUGCCUGGGGAACCUCCUCGAAGUCGUGCGGUAGUGGUUAGCGGAGUUUUCUGUGCACACGGACCGUACUAUCAUCAGUGUGUGCCUGGGUCGCCGGAGCCUCAAGGCGCCUCUACUGUGCCAGCGCCUGUAUCCUCAAUUCAUUGCAGUUUUUGCUUGGGAUCGAUUCCCCGGCCAGUGGGUCGUCUUGUUCUUGUCCAGAGUUGUGGCAGUCUAUUCUUUAAUCGCCGGCGUGUGGUUUAUCUAUUUCUCCUUCCUUUCUCAUCACGUCUUCUUCGCCUUGUGUGGAGUCUCAUCGCUAUUCUUGCCACUUCGAUCUUUGCGUCUGUGAUCAUAUUUCUCGAUGCCGCAUGUCCGGAGCCGAUAUCGUGCAUAUAUGCGUCAACUGCGAGGGUUCAAAGGUGGAUUUUGCUCGGCGCCCAGGCCCAUCCCUCCACCACCCGGUCUGGAGCCCAGAGUGCAGCUCACAUUGCAAAAGUUGGCGCCAACCACCACCGACAUUUUGCUGGACUAUCUCGCGCCGAAGGCCAGGAAGAGUAUAUCCACGCGUGUUGCUUCUGCCACAGUUGUUUCUGGAGACGCGACAAAGCUUUCCGUCCGCACGAGAGUUGCAGCCGUCUCAAUUCAGGGUCGUACUUUGGCUUCUUGGGGAUCAGAUGGAUUGCAACUGUCGGCGACUAAUGAUAUUGCUGGCAUUUCACCACACAUUCCUGCGGAGGUGUCUCGUGUCAGUUCUCGGAGGCCCCCGGAGCCCAAAAACGAGGACUCUAACAAAGAUCAUGAUUGUCAAGUUGUUUCUUUGGGAUCAGAUGGAUUGCAAGUUGUGGCGGCGGACAGUAUUGUUGGCGUUUCAUCGCACUUUCCUGUUGAUUCUGCAUCUUCCUCUCCUCGGAGGCCCCCGGAGCCCAAAAAUGAGGACUCUAACAAAGAUCAUGAUUGUCAAGUGGCUUCUUUGGGAUCAGAUGGAUUGCAAGUUGUGGCGGCGGACAGUAUUGUUGGCGUUUCAUCGCACUUUCCUGUUGAUUCUGCGUCUUCCUCUUCUCGGAGGCCCCCGGAGCCCCAAAACGAGGACUCUAACAAAGAUCAUGAUUGUCAAGUGGCUUCUUUGGGAUCAGAUGGAUUGCAAGCGUCGGCGAUGGACGAUAUGGUUGGCAUUUCUUCGCACAUUCCUGUUCAUUCUGCUUCUUCCUAUUCUCGCAGUCCCCCGGAGCUCAACAAAGACAAGGAGGAGGAGGAGGAGGAUAACAAUAACAAUAAUCCUAUUUGUGAAGCUGUUGCUCCCGUUAUGCAUCAUCUUGUCGUUCCUGGGAGCUUACGUAUGAAAAGGUAUUGCUUCAAAAGGUAUGUUCCGGCGGGCGAGCAGGGUGAGAAAGUUGCGGCUGCAAUCAAAGCCGCCUUGGCUCACGUAGACGUUCCCUGGGAAACGUUUAGCGAUGAUGCACGCAAGAGUGAGCAUUUCAACAGAAUGAGUGAUGAUAUGCUCUCAGGGAUCAGUGGCUCUCUGGAUUUCAUCUAUGCUCAUCAUGCUGCGCGGGAUGAACAAUGGAAUGCAUUUACUGCGUGGCUAAGGGAUCCUGACCGCCUCACAAGGAUUGAGCGGCAAAACUGUAUAGGUCAUCUUGCUGUGGUUCAUUGGGUCAGGACGGCACGGACAGGGUCAGACAAAUAUGAACGGAAAUUGCGUAUCGAAGCGUGGAACGAUUUCAUCUUCCAGGCGUUUCCUCACACUCCCAGCCUCUAGUCUUCUCUAUCUGUGUGGUGUGAUGUCUUUCUUGGUCUCAAUCGUUGGACAUGGCGUGUUUCGUGGGCUCCCCGCACGUUGUCUGAUACUGGGCCAAGCGAACGUUUCCCGCCGCAUGGCCCGCGAGGGCCUUCUAUGUUGCACGUAUCUCCUGCUGUCACCAGGCCCGCCAGGGCCACCGAUACACGUACGAACAGUACCUGUCGCUGCCGUACGAAGAAUCAUGCUACGAACUUUGCCUCGUCAAAGCUGGCUUUGAUGGUGGUGUGUGCAGCCAGGGAGCUGGAUGUGGUGCUUGGAUUCAGAUUGGAUUGCGUUCUCGUUUCCCAUCUCUCUUCUAUGUCCUUCUUCUUGAGCCAACUCACUCUUCAAGGAUGUAUAUGUUUGUUUCUUUGCUCUCCAAGACGGGUCCACGGUGACAGACACUGAACUCUCCGCUGCUGAGUGCGUUAUCGGAGCACUCCCACGGGUUCUGCAGGCCUAUUUUAGCGAUAAGUUGUGUGAUUGAUGAUUCUCAUUUGUGUUGUUGCCUUCAUGCGUGCACACAUUUGUGUUGAUGUACACACUCCUUAUAAGAGCUGCCAGAGGCUACCGCCUAAGCCGCCCCCCACGCGCUUGGCGUGGUGAGGCUUUCGCCUUAGCCGCUCGGUGGCCCGCGUUUGGCGUGCCCGCCCGCCUCGGACUGGACGGGGCCUUAGGGCCCGUGUGUCCGCGAAACGAAAACCAGGUUGAAGGGUCACCGCCGGCGAUCAAAAGACUUUCGAUAAAGAUAAAGCAGGAGCAGGUUGGUGGCUGGAGGGAUUGAUCAAAGCAUCGGCAUCUCAUUCAAUAUAUGGGAGUUUCGCCUUUGUGGAUAGACCACAAUGGGUGCUGAUCAAAUCGAAGGCGUUUGGCCAUCCCCCUCAAUAUUCUGCCAUGAGCGCUGAAUUCGAAGCUUUAUCGAGCCUCUUCGAGGCCAUCUUUAGUGUAACCCGUAACUUCGCCCGUAGGGUUAGGCUGAAGAGACGACCUGUGGCUGCUUUUGGCAGCCGUUAGACAGAUCGCAAAAGGCAAAAAAACCUGGUUGACGGCUUACCGCCGGCUCCCAGUUCCGGCGCG